AUGACUACUUAUACUGAAUACGGAGUAAAACUUACAGAUGGACAAAAGUCAAAACUGGCUUCUGCGAUAAUAAAUCAAUCACCACUAACUCUUCGGUUAAAACAUUCUCAUCUUCAAGGUUCUGAUGAGUUAAUGUUAACAAAAAGACAAAUUGAUAAAAUAAAAAAAUCACUGGCAAAUGGAACAGGAUCGGAUAUAAAGAUAAGUAAAACUCAAAUUAGAAAAUCUGUGAAACAUGGUGGAAACUUAUUUUCAUCACUCGCAUCUCUCGGAGCAAAAGUACUACCAUAUGCAAUAAAAGGAAUUUCAAAAGCUGUUCCCGCAUUAGCAACCGGUGCUGCUACUGCACUUGGAGAACUUGGAAGGGGGGGAGUGCCUCCCCCCCAAACCCCCCUGCUAAAAAAUGGAAUCAUAAUUCCCCCAGAGUUUUUCCCUAUGCUACCAAAUAUUGUAAGAGAAUUUACCAAAUCACAAAUAAAUCAAAUUAAUAAAGCUUAUCAAACAGGUGGUAAAUUAGUUAUAAAACCGACUCGUAAACAGAUAGAAGGAGGAUUUUUAGGUACUCUUGCAUCUAUUGGAAUUCCAAUGGCAAUUAGUCUGGUAUCUAAGAUGUUUGGUGGUGGACUUCAGGUUGAUAGACGUGGGUCAUCUAAUACAUCAAAUGUUUACGUUCCACAUCCUCCUCCACCACCACCUCCUCCUCCAAAAACUUCACAUGGAGAGGGUUAUCCUUAUCGCUCACCACCCUUUAUUGGUACUUGGGAAAACCCUAUAGGAAUGGGUGUUAAAAAAAAAAAUUCCAAAGGAAAGGGUUUACUAUUAGGAAAAAACAGCCCAUUCAGCUCAAUUCCCAUUCUCGGCACCAUUUUGUAGUGGGGGAACCUACGGUUCCCCCUAUACCCCCCUCCCUUUACAAUUUAAAUAAGCAUUUUGUAA